AUGGACGUCACAUUGAUGGGUCAUCCAGAAGCACGGAACGUCGGGGAGCUUUGGGCUGGCAAGACGAAUAGCAAGGAGCGACGGAGACUGCAGAACCGACUGAACAGGCGAGCCUAUAGGAAACGCCAGGCUGAACAAAAGCUGGUUCGGAAGCGAACCAUGGUUCAGGCAGGUAUCGAACCAGACGCGAGGAUGAACCGAGCCCUUAGCUUGCCCGGAGUUACGGUCUUCUCUGUUGGUGUCAAACAUGAUCGGGCCCCCGAAGCACCAAUCUCUUUAACAUCUCUAGUCUCUGGCGUUGGCAUGUUCUCUUGGGGAGACGCCGCCGUCGUGUCCUCGUCCCCGCAGCGCCAUCUCCGGCUCCUUCAAUCAUGGUGUCGCAAGUUCGAAGAGACGAUGCAGCGAGAUGGCCUCAUCAGUGUCGAACGUGAUGAAGGCAGACUAGCUACCGACUCCGACGCCGUCCAGUUCGAAGAAGUGCUCGUCGAGGUCGGCCACGUUCGCUAUCCUGACUUGAUAUCAAACCCUGAGGAUCAGCUCAUCAGCCUCGUGUACUACAAUGUGUUCCGGGGUCUGGCCAAGAACAUCCGCGCAUUGAACCUGGACAUGCAAUCCAUGGCAUCGUGGGACUAUGACUCGCCGUUCAUGACUGGGAAAGUGGACGUCUCAACGCUUGCGCCUGACUUCCAGCCGACAUACUUACAGCGAACCAUAUCCCACCACCCGUGCUUCGAUGUUUUCCCCGACCCUGUGGUAAGGGAUAACGCGAUCGUGCAUUGGUACAUCGAAAAGCAUUCGUUGGAGGGAAGGUUGUGUAUGGCGUUGGCUGGCAGACACACCUGGCAUGAGAUUGACCUGGCCUUGAAAUGUGGCUGCAUCUUGUGGGGUGAGCCGGACGUCGCAGAGAGCUGGGAGGUUACUGAGGGGUUUGCCAGAGACUGGCCUUUCUUGGUGAAAGGAGCUGUUCGGCUUGAGGCGGCGACGAACCGCUACAGAGCUUUUCGAGGGGAGCCACCCAUCCUCUUCGCAUGA